AGCAGCGACAGGCAGGGCAGGGAGCCGGAGGGACAAACAGGAGACAGAGGACAGAAGCCCAUAGCACCGGGGAGCUGUGACACAGCAGCAGCAGCAGCCCCAGCAGUAGCAGCCCCGGCAGUAGCAGUAGCAGUAGCAGCCUGGGAUUGGCACUGAGAGGCCAGCAUUAAUGCCCCAGCGCACAGGGAGCCAGUGAGAGCAUCGCCAAACCAGGACAUGGCGGGAGCGUCGGUGAAGGUUGCGGUCAGAGUGCGGCCGUUCAACUCAAGAGAAAUUGGGAAGGAUUCAAAAUGUAUCAUCCAGAUGUCUGGAAAUACAACCACAAUCGUCAACCCCAAACAGCCGAAGGAGACUCCCAAAAGCUUCAGCUUUGACUAUUCCUACUGGUCACACACUUCAGAAGAGGACAGUCAGUAUGCGGGCCAGCGUCAGGUGUAUCGUGACAUUGGAGAAGAGAUGCUGCUUCACGCAUUUGAAGGAUACAAUGUCUGUAUCUUUGCCUAUGGACAGACUGGGGCUGGGAAAUCCUACACUAUGAUGGGCAGACAGGAGCCAACCCAACAAGGCAUCAUACCCCAGCUGUGUGAAGAUCUUUUCUCUCGAAUCAGUGACACAACCAAUGACAACAUGUCUUACUCUGUAGAGGUCAGUUAUAUGGAAAUAUACUGUGAACGAGUUAGAGACCUGCUGAACCCCAAAAACAAGGGGAACCUGCGAGUGCGUGAACACCCCCUUCUGGGACCCUAUGUAGAAGAUCUGUCGAAGCUAGCCGUCACUUCUUACCAGGAUAUUCAGGAUCUCAUGGACUCUGGUAACAAGGCCAGGACUGUUGCUGCUACCAACAUGAAUGAAACUAGCAGUCGUUCCCAUGCUGUGUUCAACAUCAUCUUUACCCAGCGCAGACAUGAUGCUGAUGCUCAGACCACAACAGAGAAGGUCAGUAAAAUAAGUCUGGUAGAUCUUGCUGGAAGUGAAAGAGCUGACUCUACAGGUGCAAAGGGAACAAGAUUAAAGGAAGGUGCAAAUAUCAAUAAGUCUCUCACUACCCUUGGAAAAGUGAUAUCUGCUCUUGCUGAAAUGGACUCUGGGACUAAUAAGAACAAAAAGAAGAAGAAAAAUGAUUUCAUUCCCUACCGAGAUUCAGUGCUUACUUGGCUCCUGAGAGAGAAUUUAGGUGGGAACUCUCGCACAGCCAUGGUUGCUGCACUGAGCCCAGCAGAUAUUAAUUAUGAUGAAACCCUCAGCACCUUGAGAUAUGCUGACCGUGCCAAACAGAUUAGAUGCAAUGCUGUUAUAAAUGAGGAUCCAAAUAACCGUCUGAUCCGUGAGCUGAAAGAUGAGGUGGCACGACUAAGGGACCUCUUGGGAGCACAAGGAUUGUCUGACAUUAUUGACAAUGUUUGUCCUGUGGAUAACGGGAAUGUGCUACACAAACGUCAUGCUGCUGACAAUCUCUUCACAGCCGUUAAUGCCCUGACUGGUAUGAGUCCUUCGUCUUCCAUGUCUGGUUUGUCCAGCCGAGCUGCAUCUGUCACCAGCUUACACGAGCGCCUGGCAUUCACACCUGGCAGUGAAGAAGCCAUUGAGAGACUCAAGGAGACCGAAAAAAUUAUAGCAGAAUUGAAUGAGACAUGGGAGGAAAAACUGCGCAGGACUGAAGCUAUUCGCAUGGACAGAGAAGCUUUGCUGGCAGAGAUGGGAGUAGCUAUGAGAGAAGAUGGAGGAACACUUGGAGUCUUUUCACCUAAAAAGACUCCUCACCUUGUAAAUCUUAAUGAAGAUCCUCUAAUGUCUGAGUGUCUAUUAUAUUACAUCAAAGAUGGCAUUACCAGGGUUGGGCGUGAGGAUGCAACAAUGAGACAAGACAUUGUGCUGAGUGGCCACUUUAUUCGUGAUGAGCAUUGUAUUUUCCGGAGUGAUGUAUUGGCUUGCGGAUCAGUGGUGGUAACUCUUGAGCCCUGUGAUGGAGCUGACACAUAUGUAAAUGGCAAGAAGCUGACAGAUCCUUGUAUUCUGAGAUCCGGAAACAGAAUUAUUAUGGGCAAGAGUCACGUAUUCCGCUUCAACCACCCUGAGCAAGCGCGCCAGGAAAGGGAACGCACGCCCUGUGCCGAAACCCCAUCUGAACCUGUGGACUGGGCAUUUGCUCAGAGAGAGCUCCUGGAGAAGCAAGGAAUUGAUAUGAAACAAGAGAUGGAUCAGAGGCUCCAAGAACUGGAAGAUCAAUACAGAAAAGAACGUGAAGAAGCAAAUUACCUUCUGGAACAGCAGCGACUGGACUAUGAAAGCAGACUGGAAGCAUUACAGAGGCAGAUGGAUUCUAGAUAUUUUACCGAAGUGAACGAGGAAGAAGAAGAACCUGAAGAUGAAGUUCAGUGGACUGAACAGGAAUAUGAUCUGGCACUCUGGGCUUUUCGGAAGUGGAAGUGGUACCAGUUUACAUCACUCCGAGAUCAACUUUGGGGAAAUGCCAUCUUCCUUAAAGAAGCCAAUGCUAUCAGUGUGGAAUUGAAGAAAAAGGUACAGUUCCAGUUUGUUCUGCUGACAGACACUUUGUAUUCUCCUCUCCCUCCGGACCUGCUGCCGCCUGAUGCCCAUACUGAACGAGAGAAACGUCCUUUCCCAAGAACCAUUGUAGCUGUGGAGGUUCAGGAUCAGAAAAAUGGUGCAACUCACUACUGGACCUUAGAAAAACUCAGGCAACGUCUGGACAUGAUGAGGGAGAUGUAUGACCGGGCUGCAGAGCUUCCUUCUGGUCUGACUGAGGACUGUGAUAAUGUGGUGACUGGAGGAGAUCCAUUUUAUGACCGAUUCCCUUGGUUCCGACUGGUGGGCAGCUCUCCCCUAUUCACCACAUGCAUGAGCGAGAGCAUGGCCGAAAUUACUCCCUCCCCCACUCUAUCGAGCCCCGGCUCCGAAGGCCCGGAGCCGGCCUCCCAGCUUGAAGAGGAGGAUAUUUUUCAGGAUGAUGAGGAAGAGGAUGAUGGACCUCAGGAGCAUCCCUGCUGUGCUGUCAGAUCAGACCCGUUUCACGACCGAUCCCCCCUGUUCAGUGUAGUGGGAAGGGCUUUUGUGUACCUGAGUAAUUUGCUGUACUCUGUCCCUUUGGUUCAUCGAGUCGCCAUUGUCAGUGAGAAAGGAGAAGUGAAAGGAUUUCUUCGUGUUGCUGUUCAGGCCAUAUCAGCUGACGAGGAAGCUCCUGAUUAUGGUUCUGGAGUCCGGCAGUCUGGCACAGCUAAAAUAUCCUUUGAUGAUCAACAUUUUCAAAAGUUCCAGGCUGAAACCUGCCCAGGAAUGACACGCUCAGGCACUUCACAAGAAGAGCUUCGAAUUGUUGAGGGAGGACAAGGACAAAACCCGGACUCGUGUCCUUCUGCUGACGAAGUGAACAACAAUACCUGUGCAGCUUCUCUGCAGUCUUCCUUGUUGGAUAGUCCUACCAAGCCACCCUUUGACCUCUCAGACACUAUGGGCCACCCUCUGAAACUGGGCAGCAUCUUCACAUUCAGAGUGACUGUCUUGCAGGCAUCGAGUAUACCUCCAGAAUAUGCUGACAUAUUCUGCCAAUUCAAUUUUAUUCAUCGCCAUGAUGAGGCCUUUUCAACUGAACCAUUAAAAAACACAGGCCGAGGGCCACCACUGGGCUUCUACCAUGUGCAAAAUAUUGCUGUGGAGGUCACUCAGUCAUUUGUGGAAUAUGUGAAGAGUCAGCCAAUUGUCUUUGAGGUGUUUGGACAUUAUCAGCAGCAUCCUUUCCCUCCUCUGUGCAAAGAUGUUCUAAGCCCUCUGCGCUCUUCCAGACGCCUGCUUCCAAGGGUCAUGCCUCUGUCUAAACCAGUUCCUGCCACUAAGUUGAGCAGACAGCGAGUUCCCAGUGUUGGUCCCUGUCACUGCAAGUAUGACCUGAUGGCUUACUUCCAGAUCUGUGAACUUGAAGCCAAUGGAGAUUACAUACCUGUGUCAGUAGAUCAUGGAGUGGGUUUGCCUUGUCAUGGGACAUUUCUUCUCCACCAGGGUAUCCAGAGACGCAUUUCAGUGACACUGGUGCAUGAAGCUGGCGCUGAGCUGAAGUGGCUGGAAGUGCGAGAGCUGGUUGUAGGUCGCAUCCGGAAUACCCCAGAGGCAGAUGAGUCUCUAAUUGACCCAAACAUCUUGUCACUGAAUAUUCUAUCUGCGGGAUAUCGGCCCCCUGAAGGAGGUGAUCGGCAGUUUCUUGAUUCUGAUACUCCUAGCUGCCAAUCCGGGAGGGGCACCAGGACAUUCUAUCACUUUGAGGUGGCCUGGGACAGCUCUAUGCACAACUCUUUGUUGCUGAAUCGUGUCACUCCAUACAGAGAGAAGAUCUACAUGACAUUGUCUGCCUAUGUUGAGAUGGAAAAUUGUACACAGCCUGCUGUGAUCACCAAAGACUUCUGCAUGGUUUUCUAUUCUCGAGAUGCCAAACUCCCAGCUUGUCGCUCCAUUCGGAACCUGUUUGGAACUGGCAGCUUACGAGCCUCUGAAAGAUUCUCCUAUAAGUUAUUGCAUUACUGUACUCGGCUUACAUGCAUGCUUAUGAAUAUGAGAGGCAAGGUGGGAUAUGCACCAAGUAAUCGUGUGACUGGAGUUUAUGAGAUGAGUCUGUGUCGUGUUGCAGAAACCAGUAGUCCAGGGAUGCAGCGGAGACGGAGACGUGUGCUAGACACCUCAGUAGCAUAUGUACGUGGGGAGGAAAACCUGGCAGGGUGGAGGCCACGGAGUGACAGCCUUAUCCUUGACCACCAGUGGGAACUGGAGAAACUUAGCUUGCUUCAGGAGGUGGAGAAAACUCGCCAUUACCUGCUGCUGAGAGAGAAACUGGAAGCCACACUCAGGGGAGCCACAGAAUCUCUCACCCCUUCCCCAAUUGAGGAGAUGCUGCCCCUUAGCCCAACAUGUCAGCCGCUUCAGCUCACAGAGGUUGGAUCACCCCGUGCAGAAGAGAACCCCCUAGAAACUGCCAGCGAAAGGCAGAAAGAGCUGGCUGCCAAGUGUCUUCGCCUGCUCACCCACACCUUUAACAGAGAGUACAGUUACAGUCAUGUAUGUGUGAGUGCCAGCGAGAGUAAGCUUUCUGAAAUGUCAGUUACACUUUUACGGGACCCCUCACUGUCUGGCUUAGGGGUCAACUCCCUUACACCAUCCAGCACCUGCCCUUCCCUAGUAGAAGGACGUUACUGCAGUCCAGAGGCUAGCCCACAACCUAUCUCCCGCGUAUUCAGCCCUGAGAGAGAGCUGCUGAGCCCAGCCGGAGACCUACUGAAAUCUCCCAGUGGUGAACUGAAGACUCCCACUCUAAACCUGUUUGUACCAGAAAUACAAGAAGUCAGAGUUAGUCCAAUUGUCUCUAAGAAGGGAUACCUACACUUCCUGGAGCCACAUACAGGAGGCUGGGUGAAGAGAUAUGUAGUAGUCAGGCGACCCUAUGUCUACAUUUACAAUAGCGAUCGGGACCCAGUGGAGAGAGCCAUCCUUAACCUCUCCCAGGCCCAUGUUGAAUAUAGUGAGGACCAACAAGCUAUGCUGAAGACCCCCAACACUUUUGCAGUAUGCACACAGCACCGCGGCAUCCUGCUGCAGGCCAGCAAUGACAAAGACAUGCACGACUGGCUCUACGCCUUUAACCCUCUCCUGGCGGGCUCCAUCCGGUCCAAACUGUCCAGGCGCAGAUCAGCCCAAAUGAGAAUUUAAUGGGAUCCUUGCUCUUCUUCCCUUCUCAUUACCAGGUCACACCUUCAGUUCAAAUUCCAAACCUGCAAACAAGAGCCUGGCUCCUCUUGGCUUGGCGCUGUCACGCGGCAGGGGUUUUACUUUAAAGUUGUCCCUGAAGAUCCCCUUUAAUCUCACUGUGCUGCACUUUCCCUCUGCUCCAACACAAUUGUAUUUUCUCUUCCUGACUGUAUAUAUUCAAUCCACCACAAAUAGUAGAGCAGCAGGGAGCCUUUUCUGAUGUGUAGGCAAGCAAGCUUGGGUUGAGCUAAAUAGUGUUUUAAAAUAAAAGAUUGACAGAGGUACACAGAGAGGUGUGCAAGGGACAAAGGAAGGAGAGUGCUGCUUUGCUUGUAUGAACAGAAAGUGGAGUUUUAGUAAUGGAAGAUAAUAUCUCUGACAGUGAUGAAUUUGGAUGCAAUGCUCUUGGUGUCUCUAGAGGUAUAUGAAACAGCCAUGCUCAAGCAAUGAAGUAUUACUCAUUAACGUACAACCAUUUCCUUGCACAAAUUGCACACUGAAUGUCACACUAUUCCUCAACCAAGGCACCAGAAUAUAUAUAUAUUUCUUCUGUAGGUUUAAUCACCUUCAUAUUAGCCUCAUUAUACAAUCUUAGAAAAGAAGAGUUAAUUUAUAAAUGGGCACUGCUUGGAUUUUAUUGGAGCACUAAAUAUUUAUUCAACUUCACUAAACCCUGAUUAAAAACAUUCUCAUUGUUGGGCCCCCCUGUUACUUACCAGACUGCUCUAUUUCCUUCCAGUCUGACUGGGCCACAUACACCCAUUUGUCCCAAAGGCAGAAAGUUCCCUUAUUUACAAACACUGACAGCAAACAUCAAGGGCAUAGGUCAUUAAAAUGCUGAAUGGUCACAGGUGACUGCAAGUCUAUUUUUAUGGUUACAAAGGGUACUGAGAAGUGAGGUGACAGUACUGAGUGCUCACUCAGCAUCGAGUCUGUAAAUAUACCUGCACACAGAUCCACAGUACAGAUCUACAGAGCAGGCAAAUGAGGCUUACAUGAGUGUAACAGAUGGCAGGCAUUAUAUUUUUGUUAAUAAAUAGGUACUGCUUGCCAACCCAUUUUAGAUUUAGAUUGUUGCCAGCAAAAUGCUUGAUUUAUCACCUAUUCAUUCCAUUAGCCUGAAUUAACACGAUAAGAGAGAUUACACCUUUUUUUAUCAUGUGUGCAUUUGGAUUUUCAGUGUAGUCAAAUUCAGAGUCAGGCCAGUAAUAAUGGGUUGCAAAUGGUCUUUUCCCUACAGUUCUGGAGCAAAUCUGUGCAGUGCAGGGCCUGUCAGUGCUAGUCUACAGCUGAUCUUGGCAUGUGUACUUAGACAUGGUAGGUUCUGCAUGGCACAGGGGUUUUACUGUACUAGUUUGUGCUGGAGCUUACUGUGAGUCCUACCCUUUCAUUGGUAAAUGACCUCCGGUGCCUUUAUACAUCAUAUUUUCAAAUCUGAAUGUAUUUAUACCUGCACAUAAUCAUUCAGGAUUACACCAAUGUAACAGCUACCCUCAAGCAAUUCAGUAAGAGGAUAUUUUUUAAACCAAAGAAUGAAACCAAGCGCAAUGUGUACAGACGAGGUAUGGAGUCAUUCUUGUGCAAAUAAUAUUGCUCCAGCCAUUAAUGGGCCAGUGAGGGUUUUAAACAUAAAGAGCAGUCUCUCUGCAAAUGAUUUACUUCACCUUAAUUUCUGUACAUAUUGAUCUAUGGCUCCCAGAUAACAAGAACUUGCUUCCCAAUGCACUUUAAUAAAGUAAUAUUAUCUUACUCAUGAUCUAAAAGUCAUCCAUGCCUUGCAACUCGUACAUAACCAUAAGGUAGGGUCCCAUCAUUGUUCAUUAAAUAUCUCAGUAAUGUGCACUGUCAUGCGUCAUAUGUCUCUCUAAAUUACCAUUCUUGGCUCAUUUAUUGUAGCUCCUGAUGAUAUGGUAAAUCUGGUUUCUUUCUUUGUUAUAGUGCUGCAAAUAAAUGUGAAGCUAUUAAGGCACUUAAAUUAAAGAGGAAUUUGUAGAAAAGAAAGAUCAAUUGCAAUGUCAAAGCAACCCCUGUUAUGUAAGGGUCUAAAAUGCACCAAAUCCAAUAAUCUCAAUCUGUCUGUCUCUUUCUUUGUCUUUCAAGGAUAAGGCAAUGAUCUGUCUCUUGAACUAGACCAGUCAGUGUGUGUGGGGGGCUGAUAGCUCUUCAGAACCUGUCUCAUGGUCAGCCAGCCUUGAGGCCUCUGAAGUUCCAUCACUUCCUACGCAGGUCAGAUGUGUAUCUGAGGCCAGCCAACCUACAGAGCACAGUUUCUUGGGACAGACCAUGCCUCUAAAUCCUGAGGAGAGUAAGAGAAGUGCUACAAAGCAGAAUAAUUACAGCAUUCAUUAUACGCAAGAGUAGGCAUGUUCCAUCACCAACCUAGUGCAGCUAAACAUGUCCUGUUGGAUAACCAGACCAAGAGAUUGAAAAAAGGGAAAAUACCACAACUAUAUGGGGUCCAGUUUGAGCAAAAGAUUGCAUAUCUAAUAAUAUAUCAGAAAAGAAGGACUUGAUGGCAUGGCUUUAACAAGGAGCCCUCCAUUACCUCACCAGUGCACUACCAAUUUCCUAAAAAUAACAUAUUUUUAAAGUACAGUUAUGCUGUAAAGUCAGAAGAAUUCAGUUCCUAAGACAAACCAGGCAUUGAGGAUUGUGCAGCAGAGACUUUUAUUGCUUUAUUUAAUCACUUGCCGAGGUGCAGGCUGUAAAAAUGGCAUUACUUAUGUAGUUUCUAAAGGUUGUCCUCAAGUAUAAUUAUUACUGUCAUGUCCUGUACAUUAGUGUCACAUAACUGAGUGGUAAAUAACACAAUGCAGAUUAGUUACUAACAAGGGGCAAGCUUGCACUAAUGCAUCUUACCAUGGCAACCAAUCAAAUUGUUGCUUCCAACAUUCUUCCUGCAGUCGAUUGAACAAAGCUAAUGACUGGUUGCUAUGGCUUGCUGCCCGAGUGCAAAGUUGCCCAUGGUCUAGUAAAUGAAACUGGGUAUUUGGGAUAUUUUUUGUUCACUAGUAUGGCAGAGUGUAAAUAACAUAUUAUAUAUAAUUAUAAAGAAAUAGGAAAUGCUAGAUUAGCAAGGCUCAACAAAUGAGGCCUUUAGGAGCAACCCAUCAGUUUUCUAAACCAAUACACCGCAGACAUUUUUCUGUGCACCAUUUAAAAUAGUGCUACAUAGUGAAAAAAUGAUGUUAAAGUCACAGAAUAUAUUCCAUGUAGCUAGCUUUUUGCCCACUACGUGUGGGUGUUGUAUCUCUUGAAACCUGGCAAUAUGUGUAUGUUAGGUGUAAAUGGUUCUGUUCCUGCACAAACUGACACUGCUUGUUUGUAACGACUAAAAAUGUAAUAUUUAUAAAUGGAACUUGUUAAUAUUUUGUGUUUCUUUCAACACCAUUAUAUUGUUUGAAUUCAUUUUCUACUAAGCACUGUAAAGAACCCCCCCUCCCUCCCUCAAUGCCAGACCCACGGCUGUGUUUGUGUAUAUUUACCUACUACAUGUUUCACUAGGAAGCUUUGGGGAGAGGUGUUAGUAAAUAGUCCGUUGUGAGUCACAUGAUACCAGGGUCUUGUUCAGAGCAUCUUGGAACAUCUUGAAAGGCUUCUCAAUGCCUUAACGUAGAAUAGUAUUUUUAAGGAGGGAGGUGCUGCUUUCAAAGUCAUGUGCUUUCUACAUGGGUAGUGGGACAUUACAUUCUAUAGACAGUGAACUGCACUUUUAGAUGUCAAGCACUUUUAGUAUCAUACACGUUAGAGUCAAAUUUAGAGGCAUAUUGUGCAGACUUAAAGUGGUCUUGUUACAUUAUUUCCAGAACAAUCUAUAUUGUGGCGCUCACCAUUACAGACUUUCUAGGGAGUAGAUUAAUGUAACUUCAUGAACAUAGGAGGUUCUGCAGCAGCUAAAACCUUUGCACUUUAAACAAGCACCCUAGAUACACCAAUUGCCUACCAUGAGUUGGCUGCUCACAAACAUACUCUUACAGAAGACUAUGCUUUGGUGAGCUGAUCCUCUUCCUUUCCUGUAUCAGUGUGUGUUAAUGUAUUGCCAUCUUUAUUGCGCUUACUUGGUACAGCACCAUAGAAUAUGUCGACACAGUAAUCGUUAUGAAAAUGUAGCAAGACGGCACUUGGAUGCCAGGCAGUAGGGUCAGAAAAUAUCAAUGGGAGAUUCCACCCAUUAGUGGCAUAGGAUAUCCUUCUAAAUCAGUCCAUACCCAACCUGUGAGCUUCAGGCUGCUGUGAAACCUGGAGGGAUAAAGGUUGGAUACUUUUAUUUCAAUAAAUUCCAUAUGGAGGAAUACAGAGAUAGUAGAAUACCUGAUACUCGGCGCAAUCUCUGUGUUCCUGUUCUUAUAUGUAAGCACUGAAUAUUCAAGACGUGCACAUUUGAUGAAUAGACAACAGAGACGUAGGGCAGCUGCAGGUUUCAAGUGCCAUCUCUGCUUGAGCAGAACUAGAUUCCUUAACAGUUAGUCCCCCCUCAGCUCAGCCACAGAACCUUGGAGAAUCCAAUAGGGGUCGCUGCAGCUAAAAUACCCCCUCCAGCCAACUCAGCUGACACCUUUCUUUUUCUGUAACAAAGUUUAUUUAAAAAGGAGAUCAUGUUUAUUUUCUCCUAUUUGCAAUGCUUUGCACAACCCUCUGUCCAUCAUUAAUGUCACAUGACCGUCACGUGUAUUUAUUUAUGUAUUUUAACAGUUAAUGUUGGCAGUAGACCUGCCGCCUGUUUUAUUUAUGCAGUGUAUGAUGAUUUACUUGGCAGUGUAAUUUAAUGAAAUCGUAUGUUCCAGUACAAUACCUAUUCUGUACUUAUUGUAAAUGUUUUUAUUAUAUUCAUGUAGGAAAAUGUGUCUUAAUUCUUGCUUAAGAAAGGAAUCCUGAGAUCCACAUUUGUAUGGACUCUGUAUGCAUAUGGGAGAAAAGAAUAGGGUUCUGCCCGGUGUGGCACCAGAACACUUAAUUGGCCCUCACUGCAUCCCUUAACUUCCAUUUUCGUAAAUCUCCCUCCGUGCUAUUCCUAUGGUGCUUUGCAGGGGCGAAAAAGAUAAAGAAGGCUCUUGGUAAACAACCUGAGUAUUAGCAGUCGGCUGUAGGGUACGGUGGCCUUGUUGGCUGGACCUGUAACAUUAUCACAUACAUAGUGCAUGAACAACCCAGAGCAUCAUUUCUAGUAAUCCAUUAUUUAUCUUUUUUAUCUGUAUAUUCCAACUAACAAGGUAUAUGUCAGUGCAAGAAAUAAAGGUUUCUGUGUCAUAACUGUAGAAUAAAACAAUGUAAGAUAACCUGUCUUCUGAGUGCCUCUUUGCUUUACCCCUUUCUAGAGCCUAUUAGGCUUUAAAUUGUAAUCUUUAAUAAAAUGUGAUUCUUGAAAUGAUUAAACAAAUAACUGAAGCAAAGAAACCUGAAGGGUGCAACAAUCCAGCCCAACAUCACCACCCUGCGGAUGUCCCUCUGUCCCAGAUCCCUUCUGUAUGUACCUGAUGCUCAGCCCUUCCCACUGUAUGGCCCUGGCCACAAGCUCUGUGCUAUGUGUCUCGUAACUGUAAUGUGUACUUCUUCUGAGUAUUUGGGCUAUAAGAUGUGCAGCGGGGGCUCUCAACUGAUUUGUUAAGUUUUCCACUGCCCACGGGCUGCUCAGUGCAUUGUACUGGAAAGCAUUGCAAGUCCAACUGGCACCGAUGUUCUAACCAAGGGUCUGCGAUCUGGAAUAAUCAAUCCAUUAAUUAAUAAAUGUGGCAUUAAUGCAAACAAA